AUGAAUCCCUCUCGGGGAGGCAACUUCGCCGUCAGGCUGCUGGGCCAACAUCGCCCCAUCCUGUCCACCACCCUCCCGUCCCUCUCCUCCGCCAGAUUCCAGUCAACACACUCAGCGACAGAGCAAUCGGGCGCUCUACAGUCGACAGCCGGUUCUGUUCCCGCGCGGAAACCAAGGAGAGAGGUCCCUCUGCCCAGCCAAGAGAAACCACAGGGUGUUUUGGACUAUGCCUUGCGGGAUUUCUUGUUUGUUAGGACGACUCUCGACCAGGUAGCCAAUUGGGCUCGACAGGGCUCGCUAUGGCCCAUGACUUUCGGUCUCGCCUGCUGUGCCGUCGAGAUGAUGCACUUGUCCACCCCACGAUACGAUCAGGAUCGCCUGGGAAUUAUUUUCCGAGCCUCCCCCCGCCAGUCUGACGUUAUGAUUGUUGCUGGAACUUUGACAAAUAAGAUGGCACCGGCCUUGAGACAGGUCUACGACCAGAUGCCCGAGCCACGAUGGGUUAUUAGUAUGGGCAGUUGCGCCAACGGCGGUGGAUAUUAUCAUUACAGUUACUCUGUCGUUCGUGGAUGCGACAGGAUUGUGCCUGUUGAUAUCUAUGUUCCCGGCUGCCCCCCUACCUCUGAAGCGCUCAUGUACGGAAUUUUCCAACUGCAAAGAAAGAUGCGAAACACCAAGAUCACUCGCAUGUGGUACCGACGAUGA